AUGCCACCUAUUAAUCCACUUUUUCCUCGUAACUAUAAUACUCCUCGAAUUCUUUCACAAUCACAACCUAAACCCGUACCUUCAGAGGACCCAAAAGAUUGUACUUUUUGUAAAAUUAUAUCAGGACAAUUAUCGUGUGUGAAAGUAUUUGAAAAUGAAGAAGUAUUAGCUUUUCUAGCACCAAUUUCUAAAGGUCACACUUUAGUAGUUCCAAAAACUCAUAUUCCUCGAUUAACUUUAGCCCCACCUUCGAUAAUGUCUUCUUUAGGCUCUGUGUUACCCCAAAUCUCAAAUGCCGUAAUCCAAGGUGUUGGCGCUAAGGAUUUUAAUUUGCUUCAAAAUAAUGGAAUUAUUGCAGGUCAAGUAGUUUUUCAUUUACAUUUCCAUAUUAUACCAAGAUUUAAAAAUUGGGAUGGUAGAGAUGUAGGAAGAUUAAGAAUAAGUAAAGAUGAAAGUGAAAAUAUUGAACAGUCCCAUCCCAAGGAGCAACUCAUCCUGAACACGAGCAAUCCUAUUCUAAGGAGCAACCUCAUCGCAGUCCGUGUCACAACAAAAGAGAAAAUUGUCGAUGAUGUUGAUGAUGUGUCACAAUAUAAGGCUGGCGAUUACGAAGCUGCAGCUGCCGCCGAAUUGAAAAAGAAGAGAACUUUUAGAAAGUACUCUUAUAGAGGA